AGGCUUCUUGUCCUCCUCGUUUGUCCACAUUCCUCUGGUGUCCAACAGAAUACCUCCUGCACAAACACAAUCACAGACUGUGUGUCGGUGAAAGUGAAACUAAAAUGAAAAUGGACUUGAGGGAAAACCACUGAUCUCUACACACUAGAGUCUGAGUGUUAUCAGCAGCUCGGAGGAGAAUCUGUCAGCAGAAGGGAAACAAACACCAUGACCGACUUUUCUACCAUUUAUAAACUCUGCCUGCUCACUGUCACCUGCUGCAUCCAAGCCUGCAGCAGCAGCAGCAGCAGGUGUCCGGCGGUGGAGUGCUGGUUAGUACAGGACCAUGUGGGUCGAGGAGGAGCGACGAGGAGCGUCUGCCUGCUUUAUAUCAGGACAGACGCAAACAGCCGAGAUGCAGCGUCAGAACAGAUUCCCUCCGACAUCAACCCGGACAGAGUCUUCUUUAUCACAGACCCGGCUGCCACGCUCUGCCACCAGUCCCUCGGCCCCCCCACCAGAGGCUCGCUGCAGAAGGCCCAGUGUGAGAUCAGCCCCUUCCUGCAUCAGCCCUCCACACUCAAAUGGGUUGCUCCACUCACAGUCACUGGCUUCAGCCCCGUGUACCUGCAAGCUGAUUGGUUCUCGGCUGCGCUACUGGGGCUCAACAAACAGCUGGUCAUUUCCAGCAUCAUGCGGUCUCCCACGGCAACCAAAGGGCCAAAUGUGAUCCUGAGUGUCAGCAGUAAAACCGUCUCAGUGCAGGCCCGGCUCGGGAAGCCAGUGCUGCUGGACUGUGGUUUCUGGGUCGAUCCUUCCUCGCCUCUGUCCGGGUCGGGUUUCGCCGUCGAGUGGCGUUACCAGUUCAGAGGCAAAGGACGACUGGUUCUGGCUUACGACGGCAAGACAGACCGUGUGGCUGACACCCAGGAGGAAGGGGCCACACUGGACUUUGAGGGUUUGCACCAGAAAGGAAAUGCAUCCCUGAUCCUGCAGGAGACGAAAGUGCGUCACUCCGGGACGUAUAUUUGCACCGUGCAUCUGCCGUACCUUCAGGCUCAGGUGGCGGUGGAGCUUGAGAUUGUAGAACCUCCAUCCCUCUCCAUCCACCCCUCCCCUCUGCCCCUCGCUGUUCCCGGACAGACUUUGGUUGUCCAGUGUGAAGCGUCCGGCUUCGCCCCGCUCUCCCUGGAGCUGAGCUGGGAGUUUAAAGGCGCAGAUGGGAAGUCCAGACCUCUGGAAUCAGCCAGCGUAACGGGCCACAGGCAGGCGUGGGAUGGCACCUACGGCCAGAGUGCCCAGCUGGAGCUCGACACCUCUAACCUGGGCACGGGGGGGGGGGCUCACCUGUGUGGCCGUCCACCCUGGAGGCACACGACGGGCCAGCACGUCCCUCAGUGUCAUCGGAUUCGGUUCUCUGUCUAUUGAGGACUCGAUGGCGAUGGUUGGUGUGGCGCUCGUGCUCUACGGUCUCAUCGAGUUGGUCUCCUGGACCUUUUCCAGCUCAGGUAUCUAAUAAAACAACAGCAAUUGAACAGAAACAUUAUUUCUAAACUGACAAUAAUAAUAUUAUUCAUGUGUCGUGAAUGAUCUGAACCAUUUAGUGGUUUCAAGCUGCAAAAGGCUUGAUACUCUCUUACCAUCUAUCUACUACUUCCAGACAUCUCUGUCUGUCUGUGUUUUGCAUAUCUCGAGAACCGUUCAUCUUAUCAGCUUUUCAUGUGAAUUGUUGAAGG